UUUCAAAUACCCAUUACUAAACCAACUUCACACUGCAACAGACUGGCUGGUGAGCAUGCAAAAGGCAACACCCAGCAAGAACAACAAACCCUCGUCCUGUGUGUGUGUCACUGCAGCAGUUUACAAGAUAACGACGACGUGAGAAACAGGACGAUGUUUAGCUCUUUAAGUGACGGCAUGUUGUAGUUUGUAUCACGCCAUGUUUGCCAGGGAAGACGACGAGUGCAAUUUGGGACAGAAUGUGCAGUAAAAGAGAGAGGGAGCAGAGGAGGAAGCUACACCACUUCCUCAGUGACCUGGCUCUGCUUGGAUCGUUGCAGGGCUUCAAAUACUUCCAGCCUUGGCUAAGAGGGAAGGAGGAGUUGCUCCUGACGGUAGUUAAUGAGGAUCUGGGUUGGCGCUCCCCGGGUUUCGCGGUGUCCCGAGCCUCCUCCUUCACCUCCACCAACAGCCGCAACAGCAGCGACGUCUCCCCCAGCAGCAGCUCCCCGAGCCUGGACAGCCGCGGCAGCUCUCCCCUGCCCGGGGAGCCCGCUGGCCCUCGAGACCCCCGCCUGCACACGCACAGCAAAACUCAGACGCACACACGGGAACUCAGCAGAGAGGAGCAUCUCCUUCCAGCGUCCCCGAGUGAAAGAGAGAUAGCAGUGCCGGAGGUGAACUGCACUCUCUUUUUACUGGCUGGCUACGUCAAGUACGGCCGCCCCUACGCCUGGAUACGCUCCAACCACGAGCGCCUUGUCAACAUCGGAGGCACUGACUCGAUGGUAAAGGAUACACCCAUGAAACUGAAGUCCAUCGGGGACUGGCAGACAAGAGGUAUUCGUGUCUGGGAUGUGGUCAGUGAACUAGUCUGUCUGUGCACCGUACCCUCUCCCUCCAACCCCUUCGCCUUGGACAUGCGUUACAUCAAAAACCUUCCCCUUCCUGAACGCUUCCUGGUCACUGGUGCGCUUCUAAAUUUUCUGGAGAUGUAUGUGGUGUAUGGAGACCGGGACGAGAUGCACUAUGACAAAGUAACUGAGGAGGUGAAGCCUCUGAGGCGUCUUCAUGUCCAGUCCCUGUUGGAGUUACAGCGACACAGAGAGAGCACCGGAUUGUCUGUCCCCACAGCACAGAACUCUUCUGGAGAGGAGUAAAUAAAGACUAAGAAAGAGGAGACAUUCUGUGCAUUUUUACUGACUAAUCGUAAAAAGAAAAAGACAGAUAGAGAGAACGUAAUUACAAUCUCUCACCUGCUGGUAGGACUGUUUAAGGCAUUUUUGUUUGUCUUUAAUGAUUUCUGUGAUUUAGUUUCCCUCAUACCGACUCUACAAGCCGAUUUUCUCAAGGCUGCACUUUCCGUUUAAGAGCCGUGUCUGCAUCAUUCCUACAGUAUGAGUGGUAGUCACAUGUAUUUGAAUGUGAAAACAGCAGCGAAACAACCCUGGGAAACCAAUCACAUGACUGAGAUUAAGCAUCCCAGGACCUCUCUGAAAGUCUCCUGCCCUGCCACCCCCGAAUCCUUCAAUUCUGCCCUCCCGCUCACAAACAGACAGGGAUUCUGUUUUCCUCGGGCCAAAUAUAACAUUCAGCAAAUCUGUAAACAGAAUCAUUCAUCAGGGUCAAAGCUGCAAGACGCGGAGGCCUUUUUUCAAAAACGUGUCAUUUAAACAACGCAGCUGUGCGAGAGAAAAUGUUAAGACACAUGAAAUGCUGUAUAAAAAAAGUUUUAAUACUCCAUAAAAUACAUAUUUAAUUAAAUAUGUACAAUGACAUAAAACAGCACAUUUAUAAAACACGCUUUAAGCAGGCGCUUUAGGGCCCCGUAUUGAGAAAGGAGCUGUGCCGUUUGUAGUUGUAAUAAAAAUACAUUAAGAGUUUAAAAUGUUAAAAUGUGCAGGUAACAAUUGGCACAUCAGUCAAAAACACUUUCCUGGCACAAACAAAAUGUAAAAAAAAAAAAAAAAAAAAAAAGUUACUUUCCUAGCUACGUUUUGGUUAGCAAUUUUAGCCUCAGGGCGCACAACUAGUCUUCAACUCUCUCAUUUGUAAACCUUAAGACAGAGUGUGCCAUCAGGAGAGCUUGUUAUGCAACCUGGCACAUAUUCGACUUUAACUGAAGCAGUUAGGGCACCUUUUAUAGCUUUUAUUAUGUGCCCGAGUGAAGGGUGCAGCGCUACAAGCACCGAUUGACUUUGCUGCUCAAUAUUCAGAGUCAUAGCCGAGCAUGGAGAAGAAUUUGUGUCUUUUUUUUUUUUUUUU